AUGGAGAAUUGUGGAGUUGUGAUUCACUCAAGCGAUGCUUAUUCCACUCUCAUGAAUCCAAUUUAUGGUGGGACAAUAAAAAAGAGUUUGGGCCUAGGAAAGAAUAAGAAAACUCAGCCACAGCAGGGUUUGGGGAAAGGGAAGAAUAAGAAAACUCAGUCACAACAACCACAAGUUGAAAUUCAGAAUGAAGUUGCACCUGAGGAUAAUAUUGUAGCCCAAGAUGUCCCAAAUUCUUCCACAAGUGGUCUUCCUCCAUUGGAUGAUCGAUUGUCUUUAUUUGGAGCUAUGCUGGUACGAAUGGGCAGAAAGAUGGAGGAAUUUGAAAAUACUCAAAAUGAAAUAAAGGAGUCUCUCAAGGUACACCAAGCUAGGCCCAGAGCUAUGGAUACUGCUUCUAAUCUUGCGCUGCUUCAGUCUCUUCAAAUCUUUAUGCCAUGCACAGUCUAUGAACUGGUCAUUGAAUUUGACUCCCAAGUUCUUGUGAAUAUGAUCAAUCAAAGGUUUAUGGAAUCAUGGAAAUUUUGGAAUCUUGCUCAGAGGAUAUUCUCCAUUUUAAGAGGGUUCAAUUUUCGAAUUGAGCAUACUUUUAGGGAAGAAUGCUCCUCAGCUGAUGUCUUCAACUGCCUCAGCUGGGCUGCUGCUCACUCAAUUAUGGCAUUGGUUGCUAGAGUGCUUUUAUAG